GGUCGAUGCUUCAAGUCAAGAAAGGUCUCCCCCGGUGGUUCUUCUUCUCUCUCAAAUCAGCUUCCGUGAUUUCAAAUUUCUCCUUCUCAUACCUUCAUUUCACCAUCCUUAUAUUUAUUUGAUGCCCACUUAUCUCCCACGAUGAACGCUACAUCUGCCGCCAUGCCUAAAGCCGCGGCUUUCCCCGCUCGUUUACUGCGGACUUCGCGGCAAUACUCCAAGCAGAACCCGUCCACCAGCAUUCGGUCCUCAACCCCCGCCCGGACCUAUCAUGUCUCGACUGCUUCUUCCAGCAGCAAGCGUCUGCGCGAUGGUGUUUCUAGCAAGAAGCAGCCUGCAUUUCUUUCUUCUAGGGUUUUCCAUACCACUGCUCCGCUCGCCAUUUCCGAUCCUUACAAAGUCCUAGGAGUUGACAAAGGCGCUUCGGCUUCCGAAAUCAAGAAAGCCUACUAUGGAAUGGCGAAGAAAUAUCACCCGGAUACGAACAAGGAAGCCGACGCAAAGGAGAAGUUCGCCGAGGCGCAAUCGGCAUACGAACUAUUGUCUGAUCCGAAGAAGCGCGAAAACUACGAUCGGUUCGGCUCCGCUGCCUUUGAUCAGAAUGGCGGUUUCGACCCCAGCGGCGGAAACCCAUUCGGUGGCGGCAACCCCUUCGCCGGCGCUGGAGGCUUCCAUGGCUUCGGCGGCGGCUUUGGUGGAGGGUUCUCUGCCGACAUCAACUUUGAAGAUCUCUUUGGCGCAUUCACUGGCGGUGCUCGCAGAUCUGGUCGGGGUCGUAGGGGUCCUUUCCAGGAGGUUCUUGUCGGUGAAGACAUUGAGGUUCAAACCAGCAUCUCCUUCAUGGAGGCUGCGAAGGGCACUUCUAAGGACAUCGUGAUUACACCCCUGAAGGAGUGCGACACCUGCAGUGGUGAAGGGUUGAAGAAGGGCGCCAAACGAAGCCAGUGCCGUCAAUGCAAUGGAUCUGGUACACGAGUCCACAUGAUGCAGGGUGGUUUCCAGGUGGCAGCCACAUGUGACGCUUGCGGUGGCCAGGGCAUGACCGUGCCCCGAGGAUCCGAGUGCGGAACCUGCAAGGGCAACGGUGUGGUCAGGGACAAGAAGACUGUUCAGGUAGACAUUCCGGGAGGUGUCGAGGAUGGUAUGCGUUUGAGGAUCUCUGGGGAAGGCGAUGCCCCACCCACCGGUACUGCAGCUCCCGCAGGCUCCCGUACGCAGCGCGGUGACCUCUACGUUUCAAUCCGGGUCUCUCCUGAUCAUCGGUUCAGCCGCGCUGGAUCCGAUAUCCUCUACACCGCUUCUAUCCCCCUCACCACUGCUCUUCUGGGUGGUGAAGUGAAGGUGCCCACCCUGGAUGGUGAGGUCAAGGUCAAGGUCGGAACUGGCACUGGCACUGGCGAUCGCAUUACUCUGUCUGGUAUGGGCAUGAAGAAACUGGGUGCUCGCAGCCGCAACUAUAGUCCCACUGGUGACUUGAAAGUCGAGUUCAAGGUUCUCAUGCCUAAGUACUUGACCAGUAAUCAGCGGACGAUCCUUGAGGUGCUCGCGGACGAAAUGGGGGAUACCACCGCCAAGCGCAUCAUGGAUAUCCCGAAGGAUAAAGAUGGUGCCCCAUCCAACCCGACCGGCUCGGCCGACGACUCCAAGCACCCGGGCUUCCUCAAGUCCGCUUGGCAGAAGCUUAUGAACCACUCCAAAUCAGAGGAGUCCUCAACCCACAACAAAGACGGCAACAAGACCGAUGGCGAUAAGAACUCCCCGCUCCUCCCUACAUGCAAGAUGGUUCAGUCGCCCAUGAUCUCGUGUCCGCUGAAGCAGACCAAUGAAAUUGAUUGGAUUCGGCCCCUGAAGGACUACAUUCGCCAAAGUUAUGGUGAAGAUCCCGAUCGCUACAGUCAAGAAUGUGCCACCCUCAACCGGUUGCGCCAGGAUAUGAGGGGCGCGGGGAAGGAUAGUGCGACGGGUCGCGACUUGCUGUAUCGCUACUACGGUCAACUCGAGCUCCUGGACCUGCGGUUCCCAGUCGAUGAAAACCAUAUAAAGAUCUCUUUCACCUGGUAUGACGCUUUCACCCACAAACCCACUUCUCAAUACUCCCUCGCCUACGAGAAGGCCUCCAUUAUCUUCAACAUCUCCGCCGUACUCUCUUGUCAUGCAGCCAAUCAGAACCGCGCCGAAGAUACCGGCCUCAAGACUGCCUACCACUCCUUCCAGGCCUCUGCUGGCAUGUUUACCUAUAUCAACGAGAACUUCCUCCAUGCACCCUCAACCGACUUGAACCGAGAAACUGUCAAGGCUUUGAUCCAUAUUACCCUCGCGCAGGGGCAGGAGGUUUUCUUGGAGAAACAGAUCGCCGAUGACAAGAAGGCCGGGCUGCUGGCGAAGCUCGCCAGUCAAUCAGCCUACCUCUACGCCCAGGCAGCGGAAGCGAUCCAAGAGUUUUGCAAAGGGGUCUUUGACAAAGUCUGGUCCAUCGUUGUCCAGACCAAAGCCGCUCAUAUGGCCUCCGUCGCGUCGUAUUACCAGGCUCUGGCGGACAGUGAAAGCGGUUCCCACGGCGUGGCCAUUGCUCGUCUGCAAUUCGCGGAGAAGAACUCGACAGCAGCUCUGGGGUGGGCCAAGUCCUUCCCCUCAUCGGUCUCGCCAAACACAAAUUUAAGUUCGGAGUCCGGGACCAACCUGCUUGAGGUGGUCAAGUUUCAUCUAGCCAAUGUACAGGCGAAGCUUGCGGUCUUCAAGAAAGAUAAUGAUUUCAUUUACCACCAGCCCGUUCCUAAUGAGGCAGGCUUAUCCGCGGUCGCGAAACUACCAGCGGCAAAGGCCAUCCCAGUCAGCGAACUCUAUCAGGGUCAAGACAUUCAACGGAUUAUCGGUCCGGAUAUCUUCCAAAAGCUGGUGCCUAUGUCCGUUACCGAGACAGCCAGCCUUUAUGAUGAAGAAAAAGCCAAAUUGAUUCGGGCCGAAACCGAGAAGGUCGAAAUGGCGAACGGAGAAAUGGCUGCCAGUUUGGAUUAUCUAAAACUCCCCGGGAGCUUGAACAUUCUCAAAGGGGGAAUGGAUCAGGAGAUGGAGGUUGAUGAGGAUUUCAGGCGAUGGUGCCAAGAGCUUGCUGGUCAUCAGCCUUUCAUCAAAGCACUUGACGAGCUACAGGACCGCAAGACGGAGAUUCUUGGGCAGUUGGACCAGUGCUCGAAAAAACUCGACCUGGAAGAAAGUGUCUGCGAGAAGAUGCGCUCCAAAUAUGGCGCCGAUUGGAGUCAGCAGCCGAGUGCAAGGCUCAACACUACCCUGCGUGGAGACAUUCGAUCAUAUCGGGACACCAUCAACGAGGCCAGUGCAAGCGACGCUCAACUACUGUCUACCCUGCGGCGGUAUGAGGCUGAUUUCGAUGAAAUGCGAUCUGCCGGAGAAACCGACGAAGCUGACGUGCUCUUUCAGCGAGCGAUGAUCAAAGCGGGGUCAAAGCAUAGCAAGGGAAAGAAUGGAAUGGGAAGCCCAUACGCCUCCACGCAGGAGGGAAGCCUGCUGGAUGAUGUCUACGAUGAAAGCAGCCCCUCCGUAUCGGAACAGAUCGCGCGGGUGGAGGCCAUCCUGAAGAAGCUGAAUCUGGUCAAGAGAGAGCGAUCUCAAGUUCUGAAGGAUUUGAAAGAGAAGGUUCACAACGAUGACAUCUCCAACGUUUUGAUCCUUAACAAGAAAUCGAUCACUGGGCAGGAAACCCAGCUUUUCGAAGCUGAGUUGGAGAAAUUCCGCCCGCAUCAGAAUCGACUGCUCCAGGCCAACCAUAAACAAGCUUCACUUAUGAAAGAGCUGACCAAGAUCUACGGGGAUUUGCUCCAAGACAAGAGAGUGAGGUCUGAACAAACGAAGUACGAAGCCAUCACACGUCAACGCAACACAGUCAUGACUCGGUACAAGAAAGUCUAUGAUGCUUUCAAUGGUCUACUCUCGGGAACAACACAAGCUCGGACAUUCUACACUGAGAUGGCCGACACGGUGGAAAACCUGAAGAAGAAUGUGGAAACCUUCAUCAACAACCGUCGAUCCGAAGGUGCCCAGCUUCUAGGCCAGAUUGAACGCGAGCGCGCUAGCAGUGCCACCGAGCAGGAGGACCGCGAGCGGGAGAAAUUACGGCAGUUGAUGGAACGCCUGUCGACCGAGCCCAAGGCAUCCACACCUGCACCGCCUUCAGCAGGGGCAAUGGCUCCCCCGCCCCCAUCCAAAGCCAAGUCGCCGCCUCCAGCGGUGCAGACUCCCGCCUACAACCCAUCUCUUGCCUCUCCGAAGAACUCACCGGCUUUCCCACCCGGACAGCAGCAUGGCGUCCCUCUGUCCCAUUCGCCAGCACCCUAUGGGCAAUAUAUGACUCAUGGUGCCGCUGGCAUGCCCUAUCACCCCGGACAGCCAUAUCAGCAGGGGGCAGCAGCACCCUUGUCGGACGGUUACAACCCUAUGGCGUACCCUGUGCCCCCGGCUGUUUCGCCGCCUCCGGCCCAGUUUUACUCAUCUACCCCUACCCCGUUCAGCAGCUACAGCGGGUCUACACCCUCUGCCACUCCAUCCGCCUUCCUACCACAGGGCUACGUCCCGCCUCCUCCGCCUCCUCGACCCCAGCAGACCAACUACCCUGCGGCUUCAGGGCCCUUCCCUUCCGGCCCUGGCGGCUACGCUCAAGGGCGACCAUACGGCACGAGUCAGCAUCAUAAGGCUCAGUCUCAGUCGUCGCAGUCACAGGGCCAGUCGAGCGCAUCGACCGACCCCUGGGCCGGACUCAACGCCUGGAAAUAAGACGCCCUGCCCAGUGUCCUAGUUGAUAUCUCGAUGGACGGGUCAUCAUGAAGUAUGAUAGACGCAUGGAACGAAUCACUGAAUAUCUUGCAUUAGGGCGUUUUCUUCAGUCUAGUUGUUUGUUAGUGCAACAUGAAUCUUGAUUGUAUGCUCCGAUUUGUUCAAUUCAUUCUUCGUUGUCACUCUUCCUGGUAAAACGAGUCGUGUCGUGUCGUGUUGCUUAUGUGGGGUCUUCGGUCGGCUAUCUCAUUCUGCUAGUAUCCAGUUUUCUAUCCCUGUGAUAUGUAGGCCAUGUUAUGUAACGAUCUGGAGCGCAGGAUGCUAUUACCCCACGG